AUGCAAGCCGCCCUAUUUACCCGUUCUCCCAUCGCUCGAAGGGUCGUAACCCAUUCGGUUCGAUGCCUGGCAUCAAGGGCUACGCCGCCAAAGCCGCCAUUGCAGAACACCCCACCCUCUCCAAAUUCUCAACAGUCCUCGAGUCCGUCGUCGUUACCUAGCUUGGACUUCGCACCGUCAGUUGAAGACGAGCAGCAGCAGCAGGAGCGAACGGGUGCACGGUCAUCCAAGAACUCGCUGUCGAGUAUAGAGCGAAGACGACGGGUGCUCAUUCGGGCCGCGCUUGGGGUACUCCUGUUGGGUGCUGGCGUAGAGACAUGGCUGAUGGGAAGGGAGUGGGAGGAUCAUGAACUAAGGGAGAAGAAAAUGAAAAUUGAGGAUGCGCCGUCGACACGAUGGGGUCGUACAAAAUCUCGCUUCGGAGGUAUAUUCGGCUUCUUCACUGAGCCGCUCUGGCCGGAGCUCUUACCCUCACCGCAUCCGUCAAUGCCACAAAAACCGUACACAUUACUGGUGUCUAUUGAUGAUCUCCUCGUAACCUCUAUAUGGGAUCGUCAACACGGAUGGCGAACAGCAAAGCGACCCGGCGUGGACUACUUCUUGGCAUAUAUAUCGCAAUUUUUUGAGGUCGUUAUCUUUACUACGCAAUAUAAUUAUACAGGAGGACCGAUAGCUGAAAAGCUAGAUCCCUACCAAUUCUUCAUCCCUUAUAGGCUCUUUCGAGAUGCAUGUCGAUCUGUCAACGGACAGCCGGUCAAGGAUCUGACAUAUCUGAACCGCGACCUCUCAAAAGUGAUUGUGCUAGACACUCACCCAGAACACGUCGCCCCCCAGCCCGAGAAUGCUAUAAUAUUGCCGAAGUGGACUGGUGAUCCUAGAGACAAGGGAUUGGUAGCAAUGAUUCCCUUCCUAGAAUCAAUCGGCAUCUUCAAGCCGCCGGAUGUUCGUCCCAUAUUGGAAGCAUAUCACGGCAAAGAUAUUCCACUGGAGUAUGCAAAGAAAGAAGCGGAGAUGAAGCGAAAGCACAUCGAGGAUUGGGAGAAGAAUCGGAAGGGCUUCUCAGCGGGGUCAUUCACGUUGAGCAGUCUCUUCGGUGGAUCUAGUCAGGCAAACGCUUCCCCCAUUCCGCUUACGUAUCUUGAGCAGAAGCGGCAUGAGGCACAGCUACAGUAUAAAGAGGACCAAGCUUUCCUCCUUGCCAACAAAGACAAUUUCGAACGACUUAUCAAGGAAGACCAGGAGGCCAUGGCCAAGGAGCUGGCAGGCGGCACUUUCUGGAACGCUAUCGAGACUAUGGUGCUCGGUGCACCGCCUAAGAAGGACAUGACGCCUAGUAGCCAGUCGAGUAAGGACGCGCCAUCGACGUCGGUUCCUGCGGCAGGCGCAUAG